UAGCCAAUGUUCUGACAUUGGUUCAAAACAAAACGUCGAGUCGAGCGCGCGUUAAAAAUGUCAAAUUGAAUACUUAUCACUGUUUUGAACAAUGUGUUUUAAUAAUCGAGAUAACAAGUUGCUAAUGAAACAGAAUAUAUUUAGUACCUCGAUUGUUUCGUACAAUUAAUUCGAUUGAACCGGAUACCGGUUUUAACAUAAUCGAGAGUGAACUGAUCGAGCGCGUAGCGUAAUUAAACUUCAAUAGAAUGGCUGUCAAAGAAAGAUCAGCCGAAAUCGUAUUCGACGAGAUAGAAUGGAAUGUGGAAAAUGAGAUUCCUUUUUUUGCCAUGAAUGGACACAAGCCAGUCGGUGUCAACAAAUACUUUCACAUGGUGUGUAUAUGGGAGAAAUUUCGUGCUGCUAUUCACAAGGAUGUUCCAUUGAAAAUGAUUUGGGAUCAUUUGGAGUCUAUGUAUGAUCUUAUGGCAUUGGAUGACAUGGAAGAUUUACCUUUCCCUGGUCAAGAGAUAGACUUUUCUCUACCAGAAACAGAAUUUGUAGGGAAGCCUCGAAAGAAGGAGGAAUUAGAUAUCAAAUUGAAGGAUCAAAGGGACAAAUACAAAGAAAUUAAGAAAGAAAAAGAUAUUAAGGAGAGUUUGAAGAAAGAUAGUGUGCUACGUGAUUUUAAGGGAACCAAAGAUAUAGAAAAAAAAGAGGAGAUCAAAAAAUAUGUGAAGGAAAUGGAUGUAAAAAAAGAUAAGUUUAAGGAUAUGAAAGAUACAAAAAAAGAACACAAAUCUUCGAAGGGUCGUUCAAAAGGCAAGGAGGAAUCAGAAGAGAGUGCAUCGAAUGGAAAGAAGGAGCGUAAGGAUUCUGAAUCUGGUCGCGAGCUGAUGAAAAGGAUUCCUAAAAGACCAACCAGACAAAGUGUAGAUAGUUCUUCUAAAGCUUCUUCCAGUCCACGCGAUACACCUCCACCAAAACGAAGACGAAUAUAACAGUUAUAAUUAAAAAGAUGUUAUGUUCAUAUUAAGUCUAACUUGUAUAAUUUAUCAUGUUAUACUAUUAUAAGAUGACAUUGCAUUCUUCUAACAAUGAAAUGUAUAGAAAUCAAGAUUUUUGUAAAAGAUUUUGUAAGAGAUUUAUGUUAUGUAAAUAUAUCAUUAAUUCUUUUUAAAUGGCUUUAUAAAAUGGGAUUCAUUAGA